AUGCUAUUUGAGAUGCAACCGGGUCCAGUCCCAAAUCAACUGCUAGCCCUUAGGCGUCCGACGGACAUAGCCCUGGUCAGCUCGUUUGUCCACCUGCGUUUCCUGGACGUGUCAUCCAACCACCUCUCUGACCUUUCACCCCUGGUCGCCCUCACACAGCUGCUGUGGCUGAAGGGCGAUGGUAACAUGGUGGCGGGGUUCAGAGGUCAGCCCCUGGGUCAGCUGAUCUACCUACAGUGGCUGAGUCUGGCCCUGAACCGCCUCAGAGACCUGGAGGGCCUAGAAGGCUUCGCCCUGGAGAGCCUCAACCUCAUUGGUAACGGUAUCCAGAGGGUGUCGGGGCUACUGUACCAUCACCUGACCAACCUGGUGACUCUGGAACUGAGAGGAAACAAACUGGAGACUACCGACGGAAUCUACCUGCCCAACCUCCGACGCCUCUACCUGGCCCAGAAUACUAUCAAGCGCCUGGAGGGUCUGGGUAAGCUGGAGCGUCUGACCACCCUGCACCUCCGAGACAACCAACUGGAGACUCUAGACGGAAUCAGUCCCAACAUGAAGUCCCUGCAGUACCUCAACAUCAGGGGUAACCUGGUUUCUUCCCAGCGUGCUUUGCGUAGUCUGGUGGGCGUAUCCAGGACACUGCGAGCGCUGGUCCUGGCUGAAAACCCUCUCGUGGAGACGGAGGACUAUCGUCUGUGUGUCCUGAGCCGCCUGCCGCUGCUGGAGCGUCUCGAUAAGGAACCCAUCUCCCCCGAGGAGAAGUCUGAGGCACAGGAAAAACUCAGGGAGUUUAAGGAUGAGGCGGCUGUUGAGGCAGAGGAAUACUAACUCACCAUCUCCCAGUCACUCUUCUCCCAGUCACUCCUCACCCAGUCACUCCUCUCCCAGUCACUCCUCACCCAGUCACUCCUCACCCAGUCACUCCUCACCCAGUCACUCCUCU